UAUUGUUUACAAUCAACCAUUCGUGUAACAUACCAAAUCAAAACAAAAUCAAUGAACGUACAAAAUAAUGGCGGCUAACUUUACAUUAGAUAGCAAUCCAGAUAGUUAUUUUAGUUUAGAUGAUAUUUUAGCUAGUCAAGAGAAAGUGCCAUGUACAUUCAAUACACAAGUAUCAAAUAUGGGUUAUAUGGAUCAGAGCACAACGGAUACAAACAUAGUAAGCGGCACAAAGUUGGAGCUUCCAUUCUGGCUGGCCAAGUCUCUGGACAGGGGAUCACGCAGCAUAAUAAACAUUGAUACGCCUAAAAACUACAAAGAAGUGUACAGGCAGAUUUUUACUGCAGACCCAAAUGUGGUUGACCUACAUAAACUAGGUCCUUACUUUUAUCUUUUUGGUGGCAAGCUCAUCUCGCUGCACCUCCCAGACAAUGACGAUAUUGCCAGUGUGUUGCUUAAGACUUUUCAAGGUAGAUUUAGAAGAAUAAUGGAUGGUUCUCAGAAUACAUUGAAUGUGGAUCUAACAUCUCAAGUCAGUUUAUUAGAUGAGCAAGAAAGAUUAUUGUUUUCUGCUGGUCAACAAGGACUUCAUGACUUUCAAAAGUGGGAAACACGAGAGUCAGAAAAAUUAUCCACAUCCACAAUGGUAGCUAACCACAGAAAGCGAAAACGAUUUGUCCUUAGUUCUAAGUCUAGUUAAUUACAAUAGUUGUUUUUUUGGGUUUUUUUUGCCAUGUAGAUAUUUUACCCAUUGAAAGCUGUUAAAUUAUACGAGAUGUGUGAGAGAGAGAGACAGAGAGAGCUAGCCUGGUGGGAAGGGGGCGGGGGGAGAGAAUACAUAAUAGUUUACUGAAUUUUUUUUUAUCAGUAAUCAAUGU